AUGUCAAGUCUGCUGCCUAGAAGAGUCGUCAUUACAGGUUUAGGACUUGUCACCCCCCUAGGAGCUAAUGUUAACGAUACUUUUUCCAACCUCCUUGAGAAAAAGAGUGGCUUACGAAUGGUAACCCCAAAAGAUCUUGAGUUUUCAGACCAGCUAUCAGUGAAAACUGUAGGGUUUUUGGAUUCCUGGGACAAGGAAGGCUGGGUUAAGAAAGUCGCUGUCAUUAAAUCCGUUUAUCAUGCCCUUGGAUUUAACUGUGCUACAGAUGCUCUUAUAGACAGUGCUUGGAGCCCAAAAACAGAACAAGAAAUCACAAGGACUGGCGUUAUGUAUGGAAGCCCCAGAACAAGCUCGCCUGAUAUAAGUAUUGCUCAAAGAGAGGUUGUUAAGCAUGGUUAUAUCAGACUUGACCGUUUAAUCUUAUUUCUCCCUCUUAUACAUUUACUUUUUAAUCUAUGUUUUACAUAAUAUUAGCUAGUUUUCUUUAUAAUGUGUAUUCUAUUAAAUUUUUUUUGUUGACUAUUCCAUUACUUGUGUGCAAUAUAAUUUAUAAAAAUAUAUAAUUAUCCAUAACAGUGAAUUUUCUAAACUGAUUUUUUUGAAAUAUCUGCAAAUUAAGCUUUUUGUAAUCCAAAAGUUAGCAAAACUAAUCCCAAGCAUGAUUGUAGGCACCAUUUCUAUCCCUCGUCAUAUUUGUGGUUUCGCUAAUUCUUUUUGUUCAGGAAACUGCACUGGUGCUCAUGCAGUUGGGGACACUUAUAGGACUAUAGGAGUAGGUGAUGCUGACAUCGUUAUAGCAGGAGCUGCUGAACAUGACCAUGAUGCUGUCGUAAUUGAUGCUCUUACCAAAGGCAGUUAUGGCUACAAUCUUAACGCUGACGAAAACCCUUCUGCCGCAGUAAAACCAUUCGACACACACCGUAAUGGUUGGGUUUACAGCAUAGGAGGAAGUGCCUUGAUUCUUGAAGACCUUGAACAUGCCUUAAACAGGGGUGCCAAAAUUUACGCAGAAAUGGCAGGUUAUUCUAUGCUAUCUGAAGCAGGCACACAAACUGCAAGAGAAGGAAACGGCAUUUAUAGGUCUAUGAAAAGAGCUAUAGAGCAGGCUGGGCUUAAUAAGGACCAAAUUGAUGCUGUUUUUGCAGGUGCGUCAGGAAAUUUUGAAUGGGACGAAGGAGAGGCUGCUGCUAUUUUGAAACUUUUUGGGGAGAAAGGACCAGCAGUAACUUCAACCAAAGGAGGUAUUGGACAUAUGCAAGGCACUAGUAGUGCAUUAGAUUUGGCAAUUGCAGCUCUUUCAAUGCAGAGAGGAGUUAUUCCACCUAUUACAAAUCUUGAAAACCCACUCAGCGUCCAAGGGAAAAGACCUGACUUUGUGACAGCCGCAAGGGAAAAAAGAAUCAAAGCUAUUGUAGCGAACUCUAUUAAUUAUGAUGGGACUGGGUACUGCUCAGUAGUUCUUAAAGCAUUCGAAGGGAGAUAA